AUGCACAAGCACCAGCACUGCUGUAAGUGCCCCGAGUGCUAUGAGGUGACCCGCCUGGCCGCCCUGCGGCGUCUUGAGCCUCCUGGCUAUGGGGACUGGCAGGGGGCAGACCCCUAUGGGCCAAGUGGGGGCAAUGGGGCUAGCUCCAGUUAUGGAGGCUACAGCUCACAGACCCUGCCUUCACAGGCAGGGGCUACCCCAACCCCUCGCACCAAGGCCAAGCUCAUUCCCACAGGCCGAGAUGUAGGGCCAGUGCCCCCUAAGCCAGUCCCCGGCAAGAGCACCCCUAAACUCAACGGCAGUGGCCCCAGCUGGUGGCCUGAGUGCACCUGUACCAACCGAGAUUGGUAUGAGCAGGCCAACCCUGCACCCCUCCUAGUGAGUCCCGAGGCCCUGGAGCCCAGCCUAUCGGUGAAUGGCAGUGACGGCAUGUUCAAGUAUGAGGAAAUAGUACUGGAGCGGGGCAACUCUGGCUUGGGCUUCAGUAUCGCAGGUGGCAUCGACAACCCUCAUGUCCCCGAUGACCCUGGCAUCUUUAUUACCAAGAUCAUUCCUGGUGGAGCAGCUGCCAUGGAUGGGAGGCUGGGGGUGAAUGACUGUGUGCUACGAGUGAAUGAGGUGGACGUGUCGGAAGUGGUGCACAGCCGGGCUGUGGAGGCACUGAAGGAGGCAGGCCCUGUGGUGCGGUUGGUGGUGCGGCGGCGACAGCCCCCACCUGAGACUGUCAUGGAGGUCAACCUGCUCAAAGGGCCAAAAGGCUUGGGUUUCAGCAUUGCUGGGGGCAUUGGUAAUCAGCAUAUCCCAGGAGACAACAGCAUCUACAUCACUAAGAUCAUUGAAGGAGGAGCUGCUCAGAAAGAUGGACGCCUACAGAUUGGGGACCGGCUGCUUGCGGUGAACAACACCAAUCUGCAGGAUGUGAGGCACGAGGAAGCUGUAGCUUCACUGAAGAACACAUCAGAUAUGGUCUAUCUGAAGGUAGCCAAGCCGGGCAGCCUCCACCUCAACGACAUGUAUGCUCCCCCUGACUAUGCCAGCACUUUCACUGCCUUGGCUGACAACCACAUAAGCCAUAAUUCCAGCCUGGGUUAUCUCGGGACAGUGGAGAGCAAGGUCACCACCUACCCUGCUCCUCCUCAGGUGCCCCCUACACGCUACUCUCCCAUUCCCAGGCACAUGCUGGCUGAGGAAGACUUCACCAGAGAGCCCCGCAAGAUCAUCCUUCACAAAGGUUCUACAGGCCUGGGCUUCAACAUCGUAGGAGGAGAGGAUGGAGAAGGCAUUUUUGUUUCCUUUAUCCUGGCAGGAGGCCCAGCCGACCUGAGUGGGGAGUUGCGAAGGGGAGACCGGAUCUUAUCGGUAAAUGGAGUGAACCUGAGGAAUGCUACUCAUGAGCAGGCAGCAGCUGCUCUCAAACGGGCUGGCCAGUCAGUCACCAUUGUGGCCCAGUACAGACCUGAAGAGUACAGUCGCUUUGAAUCCAAGAUACAUGACUUGCGAGAACAAAUGAUGAACAGCAGCAUGAGUUCUGGGUCUGGGUCUCUCCGAACCAGUGAGAAGAGGUCCUUGUAUGUCAGGGCCCUGUUUGAUUAUGAUCGGACUCGAGACAGCUGCCUGCCAAGUCAGGGACUCAGUUUCUCUUAUGGUGACAUUCUGCACGUCAUUAACGCUUCUGAUGACGAGUGGUGGCAAGCAAGGCUGGUGACUCCACAUGGAGAAAGUGAGCAGAUUGGUGUGAUCCCUAGUAAAAAGAGGGUUGAAAAGAAAGAGCGAGCUCGAUUGAAAACUGUGAAGUUCCAUGCCAGGACAGGGAUGAUUGAGUCUAACCGGGACUUCCCUGGGUUAAGUGACGAUUAUUAUGGAGCAAAGAACCUGAAGGGAGUGACAUCCAACACCAGUGACAGCGAAAGCAGUUCCAAAGGACAAGAGGAUGCUAUUUUGUCAUAUGAGCCAGUGACACGGCAAGAAAUUCACUAUGCCAGGCCUGUGAUCAUCUUGGGCCCAAUGAAGGACCGAGUCAAUGAUGACCUGAUCUCUGAGUUCCCACAUAAAUUUGGAUCCUGUGUGCCACAUACCACCCGGCCUCGGCGUGACAAUGAAGUAGAUGGACAGGAUUACCACUUUGUGGUUUCCCGGGAGCAGAUGGAGAAGGAUAUUCAGGACAACAAGUUCAUUGAGGCAGGCCAGUUCAACGAUAAUCUCUAUGGGACCAGCAUCCAGUCAGUGCGAGCAGUUGCAGAGAGGGGCAAGCACUGCAUCUUAGAUGUUUCUGGAAACGCUAUAAAGAGACUGCAGCAAGCACAACUUUACCCCAUUGCCGUUUUCAUCAAGCCCAAGUCCAUUGAAGCACUUAUGGAAAUGAACCGAAGGCAGACAUAUGAACAAGCAAAUAAGAUCUAUGACAAAGCCAUGAAACUGGAGCAAGAGUUUGGAGAGUACUUUACAGCCAUUGUACAGGGUGACUCACUGGAAGCGAUUUAUAACAAAAUCAAACAAAUCAUUGAGGACCAGUCUGGGCACUACAUUUGGGUCCCAUCCCCUGAAAAACUCUGAAGAAUCCCCUCCAACCAUUCUCUUGUGAACAGAAGAAAUCAAGCCCUUCUUCCCUCCCUCCUCUUCAUUCCUGUCCCCAUGGGGAGAACAAAUGACUACUGUUCUUGUCCCCCCCGCCCCUUUUUAGAUAUGUCAGAAAUUGAGUUUUCUAGUCCUGUUCUUUUUUAAAUUUUUUUGUUUUGUUUUAGUUUAUUUUUUGGGAUGAUGCCAUCUCACUCAUCAUGUGACUGUGCCCAUUCCUGCAUGGACCUUUCCCACGCGCUAGCACAGGUGCAAAUCCAUCAGAGUUGUUUUCAUAAACACCCAGCAGAAGCGAAGAGCCAAGAGGAGGACUGAUGGAAAGACAGACUCUGGACAACUGCACAGCUUGUGAAGUGAGCGAAACAGCCCACAGGAUGAGGUGCUCCCGGGCAUUUCUACCCUGUACUGCUGGCUUGCAGCUCUGAACGAUGCAACGUAAUGGCAACAGAAAGUAUCUUAUUUAUAUAUAGAUAUAUUUAUAUGUAAUUUAUAUAAAAUAUAUAGAAAUUAUUAUAUAUAUAUAUUAUACACUCCACUAUAAUAUAUAUAUAUAUAUAUUCACAUACAUUGGGACUAGAAAAUCUAUGGAGCUGUCCAUCAAUG